GGCAGGAGCUGACCAAUACACAGGCGGAGCGGCCGGCGGCUUCUCCAGUGUCCCUGUGCUCCUCGGCUUAGCUCGGCAGGCAUGAUGAUCUCCGCUGUGUGUCGCUGGCUGCUGUUGCUGUGCUCGCUGUCGGUGCUGGGUGUCCGGGCGGGCGGAGGAGGGAAGUAUUCCCGGGAUAAGAAUGAGAACCGGGCGGAGGGUGUGGAGUUUCGCAUACAGAAGCUCAACCAGGUCUGGGAGAAAGCGCAGAGGCUCCAGCUUUCUCCUGUAAAACUGGCAGAACUCCACAGUGAUGUGAGAAUACAAGAAAAGGAUGAAUUGAACUGGAAAAAGCUGAAGGCUGAAGGACUAGAUGACGAUGGAGAAAAAGAAGCCAAACUCAGGCGAUCACUCAGUGUUAUCUUGGCCAAGUAUGGACUGGAUGGCAAAAAGCAGGCACAGACUGAAGACAGUAACUACAUGAAAGAUGGCACAGGAAACGAUGUGCUGAACGAUCCACGUUUGGAGAAGAUGUGGAACAAGGCAAAGACCUCUGGGAAAUUCUCAGAAGAAGAGCUGGAUAAUCUGUGGCGGGAGUUCCUCCAUCACAAAGAGAAGACAAAUGAGUACAACAUUCUACUAGACACUGUCACCAGGAUGGAAGAGGUUCACAAAAAUGUAAUCAGUCCAGAUGAACACGAGCUAAAAACAGACUUCUUGCACAGCAAACAUGGGGAUCUUAAAGAGAAACUCCACAGCAUCAACCAUGGAUAUGAGCGUCUGCGGAAACUGAGCCAUGAAGGAUAUGCUGGUGGUAGAGAUUUUACUGAGCCUCGUGUCAAUGAUUUAUGGGAUAUGGCAAAGAGCGCAAAUUUUUCUGAUAAUGAAUUAGAAUCAUUUAAGGAGGAACUAAAACACUUUGAAACCAAGGUUGAAAAACACCAACAUUACCAGAAGCAACUCGAAAUCUCACAUGAGAAGCUGAAACAUGUUGUGGAAAACGGCGACAAGGAACACAUCAAGAAGAGCAAAGAGAAACAUAAUGCCCUCACGGAGAAGAUAAAGGAGAUGGGCUACAAGGUUAAAAAACAUCUUCAGGACUUGUCCAGCCGCAUCUCCAAGAGUGGCCUCUCGCACAAUGAACUCUGAAGUAAAUGACUUUGU